ACAGCUGGACUGUUUUAAGUGCGCCUUCGGUCCACACGGCGGGACACGAGACAGGAGCGAGGCACCACAGAUCUGCCGAAAAACACCGAGACCGAAGGAACUUUACACAGCCGCCGUCAUUUGGACGCUUGAGGAAUAACGAUAAUCCUGUCUCGGUCACUGGCGACUGAUACAGUCCGUUUCUGAACAGUCUGCGCUCUGUCUGAGGGUUUAACAAAGGUGGUCCCCUGUCACGGGGGGAAGAUAUGAUCUUUAAGAUAAGCCGGUUUGGUAUCAUGCAACAAGUAUAAAUGCACAUUGAUGAGCAGAGGGAGACAGGCUGGCGAAGGCGAAAGAAGUGGAUUUUUUGAGGGGAGCAGAAGAGGAUCGUGUGCAGGAGAUGUCUCUGUGGAUGAUAUUACCCGUCAGCCUCCCAGCUCUGACCAUCACUGGAAUAUGGGUCGUGUAUGCCAUGGCCUUGUAUAACCAACAUGUCUGUCCUGUGGACAACUGGAUGUAUAACCAGUCAUGUGACGUGGAUCUGCCAAUGCAGAGGGGACCAACCAUGUGCUGUACUCUGGACAAUGUUCCUCUCAUAAGUAAAUGCGGCACACUUCCUCCAGAAAGCUGCUUCUUCAGUCUCAUCUGCAGUACUGGAUCCUUUAUGGUGAUGGUGAUAGUGUUUCUACGCUAUGCCCAUGUGAUAGAGAAGCACCAGAACUGUGUGUUAAACACAGCAAGUCUCUCCACCGGCUGGAUCUGUGCUGCAGGACUCAUCAUGGUCGGCAACUUCCAGGUGGAUAACGCCAAGGUUCUUCACUAUGUUGGAGCAGGGGUAGCCUUCCCCACCAGUAUGCUGUUUGUGUGUCUGCAGUCUGCACUGACCUACCGCCUGGCGAAGACUCAGGGAGAAUAUAAUUUGGGUCAUUUGCGCCUCUUUAUGACCCUGCUGGCCUUUGUGGCCCUGGUGCUUAGCGGGGUGUUUUUCGUCCAGGAGACUUUUGUCCUGCAACAUGCAUCAGCUAUUUUCGAGUGGGUCUUCUGUGUCAUUAUUAUGCUGUUCUACGGCACAUUUGCUUUUGAAUUCGCCGGGAUAUCUAGUGACACAAUGAUGGUGCUGGCCCGUGGGCAAUCUCUACAGUCCGUAAGCCGAGACCACAAAAUGGAGUCUCUUGCUGGGGCCAGUCAGCACCAGCCUGAGAGCCUAUCCAUACUGUAACCUCAGUGUCCUGUAUGUCUCUCAACACUAGAAAAACACUACAACUGCAGAGGGAAAGUAACAGAAACUGGACAUGGCUCUCAUACACCUUUGCCAAAGAAUCCAGCUCAGAUUUUGCACAUUUUUGAGAGACUUCUUCACUCUCCGGGGACCUUUUGAAUCACACAGCUUCCAUGCUGGGAAAAACAAAGAUCAUUGCCUGGAUGUGUCGGAGUUUCCAUUAGAUCUCAUUGGGAUUUUUAAGUAUCUGCGUUACUUGGAUAAAAGAACUACAGACUACAUGCGUCCAUUGGUGAAACCAGAGGACCACUACCCCAAUGGUGUAGUAAACUAAACCGAAGCCUUUUGCAACCAUCAACACUCAAGCAUUUUAACAUAGUGCCUCAUAACAGAUGCUGUUGUGCCAAUUCCAGACAAUGGAUCCCAAAAUGCUGAUGUUUUCUGUGCCUUUAGUUUUUUUCAAAGGCAGAGAUGGCUAAAUAGCAUUUUAUUGUCAAAUAUCUCUGCUGUCUGUUAACUGAUCAAGGUGAUUCAUUUUGCUUAAUCACCGUAUGCUGUCAGAAUUUAUUUUUCAGAUGAUUGUCAGUAACGAUGUGCCUUAAAACUAAAAACCAAAUACCGAUAUUUAAUAGAAAUGUACUUUGUGUCCAUAGUCAAACUGCCUUGAAUAUAUAAGGCAUGCAUUAUUAUUAUUAUUUUUUUUUUGGAUAUGCAGCAAAUAUUAUGCUGGUUGUAAACAACUAAGCUGAAUGAGUUCAGCAAAAAACUCUCGCGAAACAGGCGCAUAAGCUUAUCACAUUAAGUCGCCAGUAACUGGUGCCAUUCCAGAUGUCAUGUUAGAGUCUAUGAGUAUUGCUGUGCAUUGUGACCAAAUGUAAUUGAGAAGAGAGUUUGUCCUGAGGUCAGUGUGAUCAUAGCUUUCCCUCUUUCUGUUACUGUGGGAAUUGUUGUGUGUGUGUUUGGGGUUUAUGGGAGUUGGUUACAAGGAAGCGUCUUGAAAUGAAAGACUGAGUUUUCUCAGAAGCUACCCUUUAAUGUAAAGGGUGACUAGUUUAGGUGUUCUUAGAUGUACAGUAGUCUCUGUGAGUUAUUUUUUGCAGACAAAAUGACUUGCAGCAGGACUGCAAGUUCAGAAUUGAUUUUGUUUUGAAAAACAGAUGCAAUUUGGUUUACAUAUUUUCAUUUGACAUUUACAUUGGUCAAAUGUUUUCACACUACCAGCAUGACAAACAAAAAAUUAUAUUGUUCCUCAGUUAAUAUCAAGGGAGUUUUGUCAUUUAAUUUGUCAGGAUAAGAGCCAUAUUUAAGCUUAUCACAGAUUGAUCCUACUGGUGUCGUCCUGAAAACAUAUUUCGUGUCAUUUCACUUUACUAAUUCUCUUCGCUCAGGAAUUUCAGAUCUGUCUUUUGCUGUCACAUAUCUUCUCUCUGCAUUCAAGACUGCAUCGAUCCACCAGAUAUAAGUGAAAGUUUGACCAUUUCUGUUACUUGUUAAGAACAGUUCCUUCAUAGCGAGCUUUAUUUUGCUUCAGUUGCAUCUUGUAAUACUGUGUUAACCCCAUAAUUUGGUUUCAUUUGUUUAAACCAUUGAUUCGUCCCAUUGUCAAUCGUUCAUCCAAAAAUAAAAAUUCAAUGUAUACGCACUUUCAUUUUGUUUCAAAUCCAAAUGCUGUUAUGUUUCCCGUGGAAGUCAAAAGAAGAAAUUUGAAGAAUUGUUGUGCAGUUCAAUUCCUCACUGGAUAAUUCACAGUAAUGACCGCCAUAAAAGUAGCUCAUAAGACUCAUUUUGCGUAUUUCAGUUGUUCCGUAUCACUCCAUCAGUGCCAUCAAAUAUGAGAAAAAUGUAUUACAUUUAAUUUUGUUUCUCGCAUAAAAUGAUCACAUAGUUAGAAGAAUUGAAAUGCAGCAAACAAGUCACAGCAGGACACUGUUUUUGUGGUUUUUGGAGCUUAACAGACAUGAGAUAAAUUUUUUAAGUAACAUGCAAACAACCAGCAUCUUCUAAAGUUUGCAAAAAUUCUCAUUUUGUGUUCCACACGGGAAAAAAAUCAAUAAAGUUGUAAUUUUUGACUAGUCCUUCAAAAACAGUUAAAAGAGUCAUUUUUUUCUGCAUUACCUUUUGCCUAGACUUGUGUUCCUUCAUGUAUUAUCUAUUUGUUUACUUAAUCUUGGACUCUGACAGUCAAUAGCUGUACUGCUGCAAACCUGCUGUCACCAUUCAACAAGACUCUGCCACACAUCAGCAUUUAAUGACAUACCAGAUAGCAAAAAUAACUUAAUGUGCCUUUGUUUUGACCAGAGAUUGGAGAAAUGUUUUGGAGUUUUAUGGCAGGAUGUGUUUGAUUGUGCUGUAAUUUUGCCUUAAAAUGAAUGGAAAUAAAGCAGAAUCAGACGUUACACUCGUUAACCUUUCUCUCUCAUUUCUGUGAAUGAACUUUGCUUAAGUCAUGUAGACUGUGUCACACAAUUCCUGUUAGUAGUCACCAUGGCCUUCGAGUUUGUUUGACUUAUCAAGUGUUUCGCUUCAGCUUUUGGUGACCUGUUGCAAAACUGUGUAGUAGCAAACAUAUUAUUUGCACAUAAUGCAACAUAAUGGAAUGAUUGGUUGGCAUAUUAACCAACAAAUGAGUCAUUCACUGUGUUUAAAGACAUCCAUACUGACACCAGACAUAUAUGAAGAAUUUUCUUCAACUUCAAUUAUCCACAAUUAUUUACAUGUCAAAUUCUUAAUUCAAUCUUAUAGACAAAAGUUGAAAAUCUGAAAGAAAACAGCAAGAAGAAGAUGGUUUAUAGUGUUUUUAGGGGUUAAUGCCUCUGCUGAACUCCCAGAAGUCUAAAGAAAACAAAUGAGCGGCUUUCACACACAUUUCAAGUAUGCAACAUAAUCUGGCUUUGUUCAUAACUGAAGUAGGCUACAUACACACACACACACACACAUAUGCUCACUCUCCAGGGAUGACAAUUAAUGUAAGACCAGCACAGGAUCUGUACACGUAAACAACAAUAUUCUCAUAAUACCCCUCUGCCAUUAUCAAACAUUAAUGAGAUAAUGCAGUCAAAAAGUUCUUAUGAUGCA